AUGGGGACUGCAGGCAGGUCAGUCAAGUCCCCGUACCCUCUUCCUCCACAGCCAGGACUUUCUGUAGAAUUGAAAAUGCACAAGAGGACCCACACUGGAGGGAAACCUUACAUGUGUUCACACUGCGAUAGGAGAUUUGUUCAUAGAGCAACUCUGAAAACACAUGAGAGGACCCACACUGGAGAGAAACCAUACAAGUGUUCAUAUUGUGACAAGAGAUUAAUUUGUUCAGGACAACUGAAAACACAUGAGAGGACCCACACUGGAGAGAAACCAUACAAGUGUUCACACUGUGACAAGAGAUUCAUUCAGACAGCAACUCUGAAAACACAUGAGAGGACCCACACUGGAGAGAAACCAUACAAGUGUUCAUACUGUGACAAGACAUUCAUUUGUUUAGGACAACUGAAAACACAUGAGAGGACCCACACUGGAGAGAAACCAUACAAGUGUUCACACUGUGACAAGAGAUUUGUUCAGAGAGCAAAUCUGAAAACACAUGAGAGGACUCACACUGGAGAGAAACCAUACAAGUGUUCACACUGUGACAAGACAUUCAAUUGUUCAGGACAUCUGAAAACACACCAGAGGAUCCACACUGGAGAGAAACCAUACAAGUGUUCACACUGUGACAAGAGAUUCAUUCAGACAGCAAAUCUGAAAACACAUGAGAGGACUCACACCGGAGAGAAACCUUACAAGUGUUCACACUGUGACAAGAGAUACCGUUUAUCAGAACAUCUGAAAACACAUGAGAGGACCCACACUGGAGAGAAACCAUUCACAUGUGAUCUGUGUGGGAAGAGUUUCACACAAUCAACAAACCAUAAGUUGCACAUGCACAUCCACACUGGAGAGAAACCGUUUACAUGUGAUCUGUGUGGGAAGAGUUUCAUAAUAAAACGCAGCCUUAAAGAGCACAUGAACAUCCACUCUGGGGAAAAACCGUACACUUGUGAUCAGUGUGGCAAAGGAUUUGUAAGGUCUUCGGACCUAAAGAUUCACCUGACACUUCAUACAAAGAAGAAACGUCUGUAUUCAUGUUCUUUGUGUGGAAAGAGUUUUCCACUGCUGAAAAGUUUAAAAACACAUCAGAAAAGACAUACUGCCAAAAAAGCUUAUAUGUGCUUUGAGUGUGAGAAGACUUUUUUUACAUAUGAGCAUUUGAAAAUGCACCAGAGAACUCACACUGGAGAGAAACCUUACAUGUGUUCACAUUGCGACAAGAGAUUCAGUUCUUCAUCAAAUCUGAAAAAACAUGAAAGGACUCAUACUGGAGAGAAACCAUACACAUGUGAUCAAUGUGGGAAGAGCUACACUGAAUCAUCUUCUCUACAGAGACAUAAAAAAUCAUCCACAGCCCGAAAUCAUAAUAUGUGUACAAGAAAGAAAAGUCCAAAGUUGUCACGGUGAAUAAAGUUCAAGACUUCAAGACUUUUCAAGAGAUUCAGAUCAACUCAUAGAUAGUUCCUUCCCAAAAGAACAUCAUCUAAUUGUUUUAUUCUUGUUUCUCAAUUUGCUUCAUAAUCUCUCAUUAUGCUUUAUAAUUUCAAGUUAGAUUUUUUUUUACUCCAUUUAUGAAAAAGUGGACUUUUUAGUCGUGUGGACAACAAAGUGACCUGAAGAAGUGUCCAUCUUAGUUUUAGGAAAUACAUUGAUCUGGUGUUUGUGUUUAAUUGUUAAUCUUAUAAUCUUAUAAAUGCUCGACCAUUUGUGAUGCACUUGGUUUGGUUGUAAAUCAAUAAUUUUCUCACAAAUUUUCAAGUAAUCAUGUAUUAAAUAAUCAUGUAUUUUAUCAAUGUUUAUUGACCAUUUUUAAUUUCUAAUGAUGCUACCUGCGACAAUAGUUUAAUCAGUAUUAUUAUUAAUUUAAUAAUUUUGAGUUUAUCCGAAAGCCAUUACCUGAUACGAUUGCUUUUUAGACUUUUUUAUGUUUUAAAUGUCUUGAUUGAUAAAAUCUUACUGCCUGACACAGAUGAGACCCAGGUCUGAUUGUGAUGGUGCAGAAAAGUUGUACAUUUACUAGAGAUGUUCCGAUACCCUUUUUCUCUUCCCGAUACCGAUUCCGAUACCUGGGCUCAGGGUAUCGGCCGAUACCGAGUACUGAUCCGAUACCUGGGUGUAUAUCUGUAUAUACAGCUGUACUAGCCCUGUGUAAAUUGCUAGAAUUUUUUUAUGGUGUGCUUCAGACAGAUCCCUCAAUAAAACAUGAACAAAUACAUGGUGAACUACUGUAUUUAUUACAGUAUUUUUAUUAUCUAACAUGAAUUUGACAGUAUUAUUUAUUUUCUUAUGCAAAAAAGAACUUCAAAUGCAGCCAAAAAUCUAACACCGCAAACUAAAAAAGGUAUUUAAGUUUUACAAUAUAACUGUAUAAAAAACUGCAACAAAUAAGUCUAGGAAUAUAAAAAAAGAUCUAUUAAUCAGAUAAUCUCUUUACAACAAAACAAGUAAAAAACAAGCAACCAUCUAGGCAUAAUUAUUAUUAUUAUAGAGAUGUAUUAUUAUUACUGUAGGCUACAACAGUAGCUUUAUAUAUUGUCAAUUUACUCAUGUAAACCAAACAUUUAUUUUAAUGGGCUGCCAUGAAGAUCUUUGAGUGUCUGUGUUUAUGAUAUGACAGUAUUCUCAAAUGAAACUGUAAAUUCUCAUGAAGUGACGGUUUAUGCGUUCGUGUCCUCAUGACACACAGCAGAGACUACAAAACAGCGAGCUCUCGCGCAUCUGUGCCAGUCACCCACAGAGAUGUAGAUUUUGCGGGAGUAAUAUUUAAAUAGUAUUUUGCAGUUUAAUAUUCACAGACACUAGUAUAUAUUCGGCUACUGUCUGGAGCCCUGCGU